CUUCCGCCGGAACCUGCACCUCGGCUUCCCGAUCAUGGAAGAAGAACAGACAGAGUCUUCGAUAGCAGACUUCUCAGUCUCGCCAGUAUCAAGGUCACUGCUCACUAAAGCGAGACGAACGCGUUUGGCUCCCGCAGUCCUGCCUACCCGAGUCACCAGCGCCUGUGAACGAUGCCGUCUCCACAAAUCUCGCUGCGAUCCAUAUUGGCCCUGUUCAUUAUGUGUUCGAGCUAAUGUCGAAUGCCGGCAGCGGCCUGCAGCCCAACGUCGAGUGAGAACCGCCUCAUCACGGUCUGAGAACCGUGGGAUAUCAUCUCGUCGUCAAUUCAGACAAGUACGCGUUACCCGAGCUGAGGGGCCGCUGCAGGGCACGGCCCCUGAAGAAAGCGAACCAGUUACCACACCACUGGGCGCUGAAGUGCACAAUCGUGUCGGAUAUAAUCAAAUACAGUCUUCCAUUGAGCCAGGAGAAGCGGAGUCUGCAAUGGGUAUUGCCCGCAAGAUAUGUGAGUUGGGCAGUCAACACUUGGACGAACAAACCACUUCAGCUAUUCCUGGCUACUCGGCCAGUAAGGGAGUUCCGCCACUGCCUGGCCCGGCCGCAAAUCGCCAUCCAAUUUCUACCAUUGUCGGUCAAGCGUUCCCUGCAAUCGACGCCAUAUAUAGCCUAUUGGAUGAAUACUUUGAUGCCGUUCAUUGGUUUUCGCUCGUGGUCUACGAGCCCAAAUUCCGUCGAAAGCUUCAGACUAUCGCCGAUGGCUGCGCGGACCCUAGUCAACGUCCAUUCCUUUUGUUACUGGCAGUCAUGCUUGGUAUGGCAGCCUGGUACCGUUCCCAACGCAGUCGCCCGGAGAUGGUCGAUGCAGAAGAUAAUUGGGCAGACUGGAGUGUGGUUCUCUUACGGCUGGUCGAAAGUAAUCUGGUGGAUGUGAUGGACCAUCCAUCUGUUCCCGCAAUACAGACCUGCAUUCUUUUUGGCUCACAUCAUGUGUAUCACGGGCGCCCAAACUUGUCUUUUACCUUACUUGGUGCGACUAUCAAGAUGGCCCAUGCGAUUGGUAUGCAUCGAGAGGCCCGGCGAGGGGGUCUCGAUGACAUUGAAGAACGGAAGCGAGUGUGGUGGACAAUCUAUACUUGGGAUCGAUUUGCUUCCAUCACAUACGGGACGCCGUUGGGCAUUAACGAUAAGGACUGCAACUUAAGCAUGCCUGCAGACAUCUACGAGACCCCCUCGUUCACUGGCCCGGAAUCCGAGAAUUCUGGUUCUGUUUGCUACUCAACAUAUCAGCGGGAACUUAACCGACUGUAUCUGAUCGCUUCCCCGGCACUCGAGAUCAUCUUUGGGUCCCGCACUUCAAGAACCUCUCAAGAAUUGGUCAGGGAUAGCUUUGUGACUUUAGUUCAGGAGACUUCGGAAAAGCUUCAUGCGUGGAGGCGUUGUUUGCCCAGCCACUUGAUCCUCGAUCUCCAGCGAGACUUCUGCGCCAGCGGUCAGCAAGGCUCCAAAGCGUAUGCCUUACAAGCCUUAUCACUCCAUUUGACGUAUGACAACAUUCUGAUUGUGCUCUACCGCCCUUUAAUCUCAAGGCAGGUUGACCAGCUUUGGACGAGCAAUUUGUCACCGGGGAUGGAAGAUUCUCAUUCGGGUGUCCUCCCAGCGGCAACCACCUCGGGCUCGUUGCAUAGAAGAAGUCCCAUACAGGCCAGCACUGCCAACUCGGAAUUCUGGAUGAAAGCAGCCCUUCGAACAUCCAGGGUGACCGAGCUGCCAGUUCUUGCCCAACUUGCGACCGACAGUCACUUGGUUGCCUUCUUAGCCAUUAACCUAUUCAAUGCCGCGGUUGUUUUGGCAGUAAUGGCCAUAUCGGAGCCGCUGUCCGAUACAGCCCAAGAAGUCAAGCGGACAAUGACCCGCAUCCUCCGUCUACAAGAUCUCCUGGGAAAACGCUCAGCACUCUCCCGACAAAGCACGCAGGUAUUGAAGAAGGUGGUCACCAUGCUUCUCCGUCGCGAGUCGGCGGCCAUGCUCGCACCUUUCACUGAGACCACCACGUUUAUGGAAUAUGACACCAAUAAUGAUCAAGCUCUACCUGAUCCACCUCCCAUGUCGGUUGAAGAGACGUUGCGAUUACCAUUGAAUGCAACUUUAGACAUGAGAGACCCGCCGGUGAGCAACCAGGGAAGCUCUAACUUUGGCCGUACCAGUCGCGUCAAUGAAAGCUUGACUUCCGUCCAGUAUGUUAUGGUUCCUAGCCAAGAUUGCACUCUUCAUGUCCCGGUUCUUGGAGAGACCCAUCGAAGUCAAUUGCUGGAUCAUACUAGCAUGUUGCCGGCGAAUGAAUGGCCAUUCUCUGCUCCAAACGACUGGCAAAAUUCCAACGGUCUCACGCCACCCGGGGAAGAUGGGCAUCACAACAACGUAGAAAAUGGUCUAUACUGGCUCUGGGACACUACAUGGAAUGGACUUUAA